AUGCAUUAAACCCCUCCCCGUGAAUGUCUGCUCUGGAAACGACUGCUGUCAAACUAUUUCCAACCAAGUGUACACAAUGGGACGUCUCAUUAAACUCCUUUUAGCAAGUAUAUGCGUUGCUUUCCUAGCUGUCAAAUGGACUUCACCUGGGUUUGAUGCAGAAUCUCUCAGAGGUGCCAGAGUAUUGGUGACUGGGGCCAGUACAGGAAUUGGUGAACAAAUCGCAUAUCAUUAUGCCCGUUAUGGAGCUCAGAUAGUCAUUACGGCAAGGAGAGAGAAGGUGUUACAGCAGGUGUCAGAGAAGUGCCUGAGUUUGGGAGCCCAGAAAGCUCUUUACAUUGCAGGAGACAUGGCCAGCGAGUCAGACCCUGACAAAGUGGUAGAUUUUGCUCUGGCAAAGCUCGGAGGCUUGGAUUACCUGGUUCUCAACCACAUUGGCUCCAGCCCCUUCAGCAUGUGGGAUGGGGAUGUAGAACACACCCGGUGGUUGAUGAAGGUCAACUUCUUCAGCUAUGUUCAGAUGGCUUGGAAAGCUCUGGACUCCCUUGAGCAAAGUAAAGGAUCACUGGUUAUUGUUUCAUCAGUGCUGGGUAAAAUGCCUGCUCCCUUUGUAGCACCGUAUACCUCAACAAAAUUUGCCUUGAAUGGUUUCUUUGGGGCCCUUCAGCAUGAGCUAUCUAUGAAGAAGAGCAAUGUGUCCAUCUCUAUAUGUACACUCGGGCUCAUUGAUACUGACUCAGCGAUGGAGAAAAUCAGGGGAAUCAUUGAUGCAAAACCCUACCCUGCCACAGAGGCAGCCUUGAACAUUAUCAUUACAGGAGCUACAAGGCAGCUGGAGCUUUACUACCCUUGGUCUACCUACAUUAUGAAUUUAAGCAAAGACUGGUUCCCUUCUGUCACAAAUUAUGUAGUUCAGAGCUCCUACAACUAUAGCCCAUGAAAUGUAGUACCAUCAUACUGUACAUGUCCUCAGUUCAAUAAAUGGACAUAUAAUUGAACACUAAAAGGUUUGGACACAUGUCCAAACAUUUGACUGGUAGUGUAUGUAUGUUACACAUACUACACACUGGACAUGAUGAUAUUUCUCUUUAUAAUUGAUGCAUCCCACUACCUACAUUUAGCCUUCAUAUUGUGGAUCACCCAGAUUGUUUACCCCAGUCUUCCGGUCUUCCAGUUGGAAAAUCAUCCUUCCCUCAUCUUGCUUUUGGAAAAGGUCCACGUAUAAAGACCACAGGGAAGAAAACCUGUUUCUUUUUGGUCUACCUCAAAUAGAUGGAAAAGGGGGUUAGUUCCUAUAUACAGGUAAAAAUCCACUCUGUUUACUGCUCAGAAGACAAUGCACUGGCAGCACACUGUGGGAGAACAUGCUACCUGACAAGGGUAUUGCUAAAGAGCAGCAAACACCAAUUUUUAGAAAUCAAACUUUUUACAUUACAUCAUCUCUGUGCCAGUCUUGGUAAAAGAAGGAAAGUAACAAAAAGAUAUCACCCCUGCUGGUAGGAUCAACACGAAGUUUUACUCAGUGGGCCAAAAAGAAAUAUUGGCCACAAAGAAUCAUUAUAUACUCUGCAACUACAGAUUAAUGUAUUAUUUUUGCCUGAAAAAUGUAUUUAAAAUGAAUGGAACAGCCCCUGUACACCCAGAAUUACACUUUUAAUGUAUUUAAUUAGAAUGUUCAGUCAUGCACGCUUGUAAGAACCAAGUGCAUAUUCAAUACAAAGACUGUUGAAUAAGAGCCAUUAAGUUGAAUGGAACAGUACUUCUAACGUCCACUUGAGGGCAGUAGUGCCAAAGUAGUCAAGUAAGAUUACUCCAUUCUUUCUACAGCAACCAAGUCCAUUCCCUGUUCAGAAAAAUCUUAAAUGCCAGAAUGCCAUAUAUUUGGUGAUAAGGUAGUAAAUUGUUUAAAAAUGUUUGUCUCAAAUACCAAAUUCUACAACUUAGGUUUUUU